AUGGCUGUGCGGCGGGGACGGGCAGAUGACACGUACAGAGGCCACAGUCAUCGGGACGCACAGAGCUCCUACCUGCACGGCCGGAGGAUGGACGCAGCUUACAAGAGAGUGAACGGAAACUACAGCCCGGAGGGGGAGACGGGGGACCCGGGCACAGGGAUGGAGAAGAGAAGGGGCUCCAUGUACCUGGAGGAGGAGACCAGCAAGAAGUCUGGGCUGAUCUCCUGCAUCUUCUCUCUGAAGGAAGAAGUUGGGGCUCUGGCGAAAGCCCUGCGGCUUUUUGAGGACAAGGGAAUCAACCUGAUGCACAUCGAGUCCCGUCCGUCGCGAAUGAACAAAGAGGAGUACGAGUUCUUCAUCAGCGUGGACCCCACCUGCUCUCAGAUCCUGGACGAGGUUAUCGAAGGCCUGCGCAUGCAAAUCAGCGGCCACGUGCACGAGCUGUCCCGCAACAAACAGAAGGACACAGUGCCCUGGUUCCCCAAUGACAUCCAGGACUUGGACCGCUUUGCCAACCAGAUCCUCAGUUACGGCUCCGAGCUGGACGCUGAUCACCCGGGGUUUACAGAUCCAGAGUACAGAGCCCGCAGGAAGGAGUUUGCUGACAUCGCCUACAACUACAGACAUGGCCAACCCAUCCCCAAGGUGGAGUACACAGAGGAGGAGAAGGUGACAUGGGGCACGGUGUUCAGGGAGCUGAAGACCCUGUACCCGACCCACGCCUGCCGCGAGCACAACCGCAUCUUCCCCCUGCUGGAGAACCUGCACGGGUUUCCGACUCCGCCCGGUGGCCGGCCUGCUCUCUACAUCCGCCACAGCUCCAAGCCCACGUACACGCCCGAGCCGGAUAUCUGCCACGAGCUCCUAGGACACGUGCCCCUGUUUGCUGAUCCUAGUUUCGCCCAGUUUUCACAGGAAAUCGGUCUGGCGUCCCUGGGUGCCCCUGAUGAGUACAUUGAGAAACUUGCGACUGUGUACUGGUUCACGGUGGAGUUCGGCCUGUGUAAGCAGGGCUCUGACAUCAAAGCCUACGGAGCUGGCCUGCUUUCAUCAUUUGGAGAGCUGCAGACCAGCCAGCAGAAGUACCCCAUCACGGAGUUCCAGCCCGUCUACUUCGUCGCAGAGAGCUUCGAAGACGCCAAAGAGAAAGUGAGGAAAUUUGCCGCCACUAUCCCCCGGCCCUUCUCGGUGCGCUACAACCCCUACACCCAGAGCAUCGAAGUGCUGGACAACCCCCAGCGGCUCAUGAACCUGGCCGACAGCAUCAACAAUGAAAUGGGAAAGUUGUGUGAAGCCCUGCGCAAAAUGGAGUAACUACGCGCCCAAUCACGUUUGAUCCCUUCUCCUCUUCAACAAAAUGAUUGUAAGGUCAUCCGGAUGCUUCUGAUUAGCCAGCUUAGAAAUGAGCUUUCCUUGUCUUAAAUAAGAGUUAGAUAGUGACCAUGUUAGUGUUAUUUUUGUUGGAGAGUGUUUUUUAGUGAAUACAGCUUAGUGUAAGAUAUAGACAAUAGAGAGUAAUGUGUCACUCUUAGUAUUAGACACUUAAAUGUUACUGAAUUCUAUUUUUCUUUUUUGAAGAAUCAGCAUGUGUUUGUUGGUCAUCUGUAACAGCUUUUGGAUGACUUCAAAAAUGUAAAGUGAAGAUUUUGCUUCGAAUACAAUGCAGCAUGAAGGAAUUUGUCGGAUUAUUUCUAUGCAUUUCGAGAGAAAAACAAGACCAAAGAAAUGUUCAUUAUGCAUGAAAUGAAACGAAUAAACAUUUAUCCUCUCAGACAAACAUUCAUGCAUCUCCUCAGUCCUUUGAUCAGGUUUUAAUUUGUUUUAUAUACUUAACGAUUUUAGAGAUUCUUUUUUUUUUUGCCCAGUCAGCUGUUUGGUACCACUACCUGUAAUCUGAUAUUUUUGGAUGAUGAAAACAUUUGGAUGAUGAUGAACACGUGAAAAUACUUUAGUUCACAGUCUAUGUUGGGAAAUAUGCCCAAUUAAAAAAAAAAAUCCUUAAACAGAUGCAAGGAAAGAUUUACUCUCCUUUGGAGUUGCUAACUAUUAUAUCAACAUAAUUAUCAUCACUAUUCCUAAAUGUUAUUCUGGCACUCUUUUAAAAAGGCAUUAUUCUAAACAUUGGAGCUGCAACACUACAGUGAUCAUUUACACGUCUUCCUGGGUAAAUUUAUACAUAAAAUGAAACAAAAUAUAAACUCCCACGUCUUUCAUUUGAACUCUAAAUUUCAACCUGUCCAAUGGCAGAUUGUGUUGUCGAUUUAAACUGACCUCCAUUUGCUGAGCCUUUGCUCUCACCAUCAGAAUAUUCUUCUUACAGCAAACUUCAUCAGAAAUUGAUUAUAUCCCUCCAUGCACAAAUCUGAUGGUCUCAUAAGAGACUGAGGGUGCAAAAGCCCUGUGGUAAAUCAGGUAUCGAGUCUACACUGUAAAAAAAAUGUCUGUGAAAUAAACAUCCAUAUGCCGUAAAAUCAUGACAUUAAAAAUCUGUGACAAGAAAAACAAUGAAUCAGUGUAUAUGUAAAAGAAAUCUAUGAGAAAAAAACAAAA